AUGGACGACAGGUGCUACCCAGUGAUCUUCCCAGAUGCGCGGAAUUUCCGACCCUUCACUGCUGACUCUUUGGCUGCAAUUGAAAAACGUAUUGCCAUCCAAAAGGAGAAAAAGAAAUCCAAAGACCAGACAACUGCGGAACCCCCACUUCGACCUCAGCUUGACCUAAAGGUUUCCAGGAAAUUGCCCAAGCUCUAUGGUGACAUUCCCAAUGAGCUUGUAGGAAAGCCUCUGGAAGACUUGGACCCGUUCUACAGAAAUCAUAAGACAUUUAUGGUGCUGAAUAAAGACAGAACAAUCCACCGCUUCAGUGCCAAGCAUGCCUUGUUCAUUUUGGGGCCUUUCAAUUCAAUAAGAAGUUUAGCCAUUAAAAUCUUAGUCCAUUCAGUGUUUAGCAUGUUCAUCAUCUGCACAGUUAUCAUCAACUGUGUGUUCAUGGCCAUAUCUCCUUCUAAGGACAACAAUAGCACAGAAACUGGCUUUCCUGAGUAUGUCUUUACUGGGAUUUAUAUUUCUGAAGCUUUGAUAAAAAUAUUGGCAAGAGGUUUUAUUCUGGAUGAGUUUUCUUUUCUUCGAGAUCCAUGGAACUGGCUGGACUCCAUUGUCAUUGCAACAGCGUGUGCAUCAUUUUCACCAACCAUGAGCAUCAAUCUGUCAUCCCUGCGUACCUUCCGAGUGUUCAGAGCUUUGAAAGCAAUUUCAGUAAUUUCAGGUCUGAAGGUCAUUGUGGGGGCUUUGCUACGCUCUGUGAAGAAGCUUGUUGACGUGAUGAUCCUGACCCUCUUUUGCCUCAGCAUCUUUGCCCUGGUAGGUCAGCAGCUCUUCAUGGGAACCCUGAACUUUAAAUGUGUCAGUAAGGACUGUUUAAAUACCACCAACCAGGAUUAUAAAGACCAUUGCUUUGAAAAGAAAGAUAAUUCCGGUGAAGACAAAAUGUGUGGUACCUGGAUGGGUAGCAAGGCCUGUUCUGAAAAAUUUUCAUGCAAUCACACCAAGAGAAAUCCUGACUAUGGUUAUACGAAUUUUGACCAAUUUCACUGGUCAUUUCUUGCAAUGUUCCGGCUUGUGACCCAAGAUUCCUGGGAGAGGCUUUAUCAACAGACCCUGCGCACUGCUGGGAAAUUCUCAGUCUUCUUCUUUGUCGUCAUCAUCUUCCUGGGCUCUUUCUACCUGAUUAACUUAACCCUGGCCGUCGUCACCAUGGCCUACGAGGAGCAGAACAGGAACGUGGCUGCUGAGACGGAGGCCAAGGAAAAGAUGUUUCAGGAAGCCCAGCAGCUACUGAAGGAAGAGAAGGAGGCUCUGGUUGCCAUGGGAAUUGACAGAAGUUCACUUAAUUCCCUUGAAACAUCGUCUUUUUCCCCAAAGAAGAGGAGACUAUUUGGUAGUAGGAAAAGGCAGUCCUUCUUUUUGAAGGAUUCUGUGAAAGACCAGGCUCCAGGAUCAGCUUCUGAUGAAGAUUCCCCCAAAAAGGCACACCUCCUGGAGCAAACCAAACGACUGUCGCAGAAUCUCUCAGUGGAACACUGCGAUGAGUACGAAGACCCCUUCCAAAGGCAGAGGGCACUUAGUGCUGUCAGCAUCCUUACCAUCACCAUGCAAGAACAUGAAAAAUCUCAACAACCUUGCCUCCCAUGUGGGGAAAACCUGGCAUCCAAAUACCUAGUGUGGGACUGUAGUCCCCAGUGGCUACGCAUUAAGAAGGCCCUGAGAACCGUGAUGACUGACCCCUUUACUGAUCUGGCCAUCACCAUCUGCAUCGUAAUCAACACUGUCUUCUUGGCCAUGGAGCAUCACAACAUGGACUGCAACUUCGAGACAAUGUUGAAUACAGGGAAUUUGGUUUUCACUAGCAUUUUUAUGGCAGAAAUGUGCUUAAAAAUCAUUGCACUUGAUCCCUACCACUAUUUUCGCCAUGGUUGGAAUGUUUUUGAUAGUAUUGUUGCUCUUUUGAGCUUUGCAGAUGUGAUGAGCAGUAUAUAUUCAGAAAAGCCACAACGUUGGGUAUCCUUCCGUUCCAUAAGAGUGCUGAGGAUCUUCAAGUUAGCCAAAUCCUGGCCAACUUUAAACAUGCUGAUAAAAAUAAUUGGCAACUCAGUUGGAGCGCUUGGAAAUCUGACUGUGGUCCUGGCCAUUGUGAUCUUUAUUUUCUCGGUUGUUGGCAUGCAGCUUUUUGGCUCUAAAUUCACUUCCAAACAGUGUUCAAAAUCCCAUAGCCCUGCCUUGUGUUUACGGCAUUGGCACAUGGAGAAUUUCUACCACUCCUUCCUGGUGGUAUUCCGUAUCCUCUGUGGAGAAUGGAUCGACAACAUGUGGGAAUGUAUGCAAAAAGCAGAUUCUCAUCUGUGUGUUAUUGUCUUUCUGUUGAUCAUGGUGAUAGGAAAACUUGUGGUACUCAACCUCUUCAUUGCCUUGCUGCUCAAUUCCUUCAGCAGUGAGGAGAGAAAUGGAAAUGAAGGGGAGGCCAAGAAAACCAAAGUCCAGCUAGCCCUGGACCGGUUCCACCAGGCUUUUUGUUUUAUGAUGCAUACUCUUGGGCAUUUCUGUAGCCAGUGCUGCAGGAAGCAAAACUUACCAAAGCAAAAAGAGGUUACAGGAGCUCCUGCUGCUGAGAGCCAAGUCAUCAUUCCCCUGGUCCCAGAAAUGAAAAGGGGCCCAGAGAACUGGGAGGAGUUUGUGGCACAGACCUCUGUCCCAAUAGCCUCGGUCAUCGGGCAUGAGCGGACUUGGUUGGCCCCACUUGCAGAGGAAGAAAGUGAUGCUGAAUCUCCUGAUGAAGAUGAUACUCAGCCUGUCACACAACCUGAGGCUGGAAAACAGGCCUUUGAAUUUCAUCAAGAGACUAAGACGUCUACCAGUCUUGGAGUUCAAAGCAUGGAAACUGAUGUUCUCCCUGAAGGUGAUACUUAUCCCCGAAAGAAGUCUGAUGCUACUAGUUUGCUAUCGGAAUGUAGUUCCAUUGACCUGAGGACUCUCUUUGGCCCAGUAUCUGAAACGGUUCCCAAAAAGGAACCAGAGAGAUGUUUGCCCAAAGCUCUGGGUUGCUGCUUUGAAUGCUGUUAUGUGAACAAGAGAAAGUCCCCUUGGGUCAUUUGGUGGAACCUGCGGAAAACAUGCUACCAAAUAGUGAAGCACAGCUGGUUUGAGAGCUUUAUUAUCUUUGUGAUUCUGCUGAGCAGUGGGGCACUGGUAUUUGAAGAUGAUAAUCUUAAAAAUCAACCCAACAUCCAAAUUUUACUUAAUUGUACUGACAGUAUUUUCACCUUCAUUUUUAUCAUGGAAAUGGGUCUGAAAUGGGUAGCCUUUGGAUUUGGGAAGUAUUUCACCAAUGUCUGGUGCUGGCUGGAUUUCACCAUUGUGAUUAUCUCUGUGAUCAGUCUCAUCAACCCAAUCAACUUGAAAUCCUUCCGGACUCUGCGAGCGCUGAGGCCUCUGCGAGCGCUGUCCAAGUUUGAAGGAAUGAAGGUGGUGGUUAAUGCUCUCAUAGGUGCCAUACCUGCAAUUAUAAAUGUUUUGCUUGUCUGCCUCAUUUUCUGGCUCAUAUUUUGUAUUCUGGGAGUAAACUUCUUUUCUGGAAAAUUUGGAAGAUGCAUUAAUACAACAGAUGCAAACAACUCAGUUAUACAUUACCACAUCAUUGCGAACCGAAGCCAGUGUGAAAGUGGAAAUUUCUCCUGGGACAUCCUGAGAGUAAACUUUGACAAUGUGGGAAUGGCUUAUCUCGCUUUGUUGCAAGUGGCGACAUUUAAAGGCUGGUUAGAUAUUAUCUGUGCAGCCGUCGAUUCUAGAGGGAAAGAAGAACAGCCAGGGUUUGAGGAGACACCCAUCAUGUACCUUUACUUCAUAGUUUUUAUCAUCUUUGGUUCAUUCUUCACGCUGAAUCUCUUUAUUGGUGUUAUUAUUGACAACUUCAACCAACAGCAGAAAAAGAUAAGUGGCCAAGACAUUUUUAUGACAGAUGAACAGAAGAAAUACUAUAAUGCAAUGAAAAAAUUAGGAUCCAAAAAACCUCAAAAACCCAUUCCAAGGCCUCUGAACAAAUGCCAAGGUCUCGUGUUUGACCUUGUCACAAACCAGGUCUUUGACAUGGUCAUCAUAGUUUUCAUUGUCCUAAACAUGGUUUGCAUGAUGGUUGAAUCAGACGGACAAUCCAAGGCCACGAAAGUCAUCCUGGAGCACCUCAACCUGACCUUUGUGGUCAUCUUUGCAGUAGAAUGUCUCAUCAAAAUCUUUGCUUUGAGGCAAUACUACUUCACCAAUGGCUGGAAUUUAUUUGAUUGUGUGGUCGUGGUUCUUUCCAUUGUUAGUGCAAUAAUUUCUGCUUUGGAACACCAGGAACAGAUUCCUUUCCCUCCAACGCUCUUCAGAAUUGUCCGCUUGGCUCGCAUAGGCCGUAUCCUGAGACUUGUUCGAGCGGCACGGGGAAUUAGGACACUCCUUUUUGCUCUGAUGAUGUCCCUUCCCUCUCUAUUCAACAUCGGUCUUCUGCUCUUUCUGGUUAUGUUCAUCUAUGCCAUUUUUGGUAUGAACUGUUUUUCCAAAGUGGCGCCUGAGGCUGGAAUUGAUGACAUAUUCAACUUCCAAAACUUUGUCAACAGCAUGCUCUGUCUCUUCCAGAUAACCACGUCAGCAGGCUGGGAUGCCCUCCUCAGCCCCAUGUUGCAACCAAAAGACUCAGGUAACCCCAACUUUGAGAGCCAUUAUCUCCGUGUCAUAGCCAUAACGUACUUUGUCAGUUACAUCAUUAUCUCCUUCCUCAUUGUCGUCAACAUGUAUAUUGCUGUGAUUUUAGAAAACUUCAAUACAGCCACUGAAGAAAGUGAGGACCCUUUGGGUGAAGAUGAUUUUGAAAUAUUCUAUGAAGUUUGGGAAAAGUUUGAUCCAGAAGCAACACAGUUUAUCGAAUAUUCUGCCCUUUCUGACUUUGCCGAUGCUCUGCCUGAGCCUUUACGUGUUGCGAAGCCAAAUAAAUUUCAAUUUCUAGUAAUGGACUUGCCCAUGGUGAGUGGGGAUCGCCUCCACUGCAUGGAUAUUCUCUUUGCUUUCACCACUAGGGUACUUGGUGACUCCAAGGGCCUGGAUGGCAUGAAGGCAAUGAUGGAGGAGAAAUUCAUGGAAGCCAACCCUUUCAAGAAGUUAUAUGAACCCAUAGUCACUACUACCAAAAGGAAGGAAGAGGAAAAAUGUGCUGCUGUUAUUCAAAAGGCCUUUCGAAGGUACAUGAUGAAGAUGCCCAAGGAUGCCUUGGAAAACAGGUCUCAUUCGCCACUCCAGACACUCUGCAAUGGAGACCUGUCCAGCUCUGGGUUGACCAAAGACAAGGUCCACUAUGACUGAGUCCUUCACCUCCACCCCUGCCCCACAGCCUCAUAGCUUUUCUCAUAGCCUUUCAGCUCCAGGGCCCCACGGCUCAGCAUAUGAACACACAGUGGACUCACUGAACUAGCCACUCCAUUUGUUUUUUCUGGCUAAAAUAAAGAAGUAUUAUUUCCAUGUUCAUUUUAAAUGAAUCUUACAGUGAUAUAAGAUAUGUCUGCCUGAUAACCACUGGUACUAUUUUAAUGAAGAAGAUACUAUAAAGGGCUAUGGAGGACAAGCAAAU